AUUUGCCUGUGCCAGUUUCUAUUGGAUGAUGAAAGAAGUGUCCCGCCUCCUCUCGAAUUCCGCAGUGGUACUGUCCUUCCAUUGGUGUAGCAGGUUGGAGUGCAGAGAACAACAAACAAGAUAGGGUGACGAUCGUCGGGAUGGAUGCAGCUACGUUAACAUACGACACACUUCGCUUUGGAGAGUUCGAAGAUUUUCCUGAGACCUCAGAGCCUGUGUGGAUCUUGGGGAAAGAAUACAAUGCACUUACAGAGAAAGAUGAGAUUCUAUCAGAUGUCACGUCACGACUGUGGUUCACAUACAGGAAAAACUUCCAACCCAUCGGAGGCACCGGGCCGACAUCGGACACAGGAUGGGGAUGUAUGUUACGGUGCGGCCAGAUGAUUCUCGGAGAGGCAUUGAUGUGUAGACACUUAGGCAGGGACUGGAGAUGGGCCAGAGACCAGAAACAAAGAGAAGAGUACAUCAGUAUUCUCAACGCCUUCAUUGACAAAAAAGACAGCUAUUAUUCCAUCCAUCAAAUCGCCCAGAUGGGAGUGGGAGAGGGAAAGCCUAUCGGACAAUGGUAUGGACCUAACACAGUCGCCCAGGUUCUGAAGAAGCUGGCUGUGUUUGAUACGUGGAGCAGAUUAGUUGUACACGUGGCAAUGGACAACACUGUGAUCAUCGAGGAGAUCAGUGAGUGCAGCUGUGUAGCAGCUCAGCGUUUCAUCACCAGAGAGCGUCUUUGCAUGCCGUGGCUGGACCUUGCAGGUGAAGCGGAGGAAGAGGGUGAGGUCAACGGCUGUCUGGAGGGAGCGUGCGCUCUGGCCGAGGAGACGGCUCUGUGGAAACCACUGGUCCUGCUCAUCCCUCUCAGGCUGGGCCUGAGUGACAUAAAUGAGGCCUACAUUGAAACCCUCAAGCAAUGCUUCAUGCUGCCUCAGUCCCUGGGUGUCAUUGGGGGCAAACCCAACAGUGCCCAUUACUUCAUUGGUUAUGUCGGAGAGGAGCUCAUCUAUUUAGACCCACACACCACGCAGCCUGCAGUGGAGCCGUGUGAAGACGGUCAGGUCCCUGACGAAACGUACCACUGUCAGCACCCGCCCUGCCGCAUGCACAUUUGUGAACUGGACCCGUCCAUCGCAGCGGGUUUCUUCUGCAAAACAGAGGAUGAUUUCGAUGACUGGUGCAUGCGCAUACGAAGGUUGUCCUGCAAGAAAGGGGGUCUUCCCAUGUUUGAAUUAGUAGACAGUCAGCCCGUCCACAUGGUCAGCGUCGACACCCUUAACCUUACUCCUGAUUUCUCGGACUCAGACAGGCUGGAGCGGUUCUUUGAUUCGGAGGACGAGGAGUUUGAAAUCUUGUCCCUGUAAGGAACGGAACGAACAAUGAUUUACUGUUAUGAACAGUAGGCGGAUGAUUCAAUCUCUUCUCUGGAUCAGAAGAGAAGCUUGAGGGGAUGAACAUUUAUUAGAGAUGUCUUGAGCCAGUCCAGCUCCAGUCCGUGGGUGUUAACACGGCGUUCUCAUCAGCCUCCAAACGUUCCGUGUCCUACAUCUAGACUGCCCGGUGGAGCUGUAGCAGGAGCUCAGGAUCAAUUCUGUAUGCACAUCUUCACACGUGUGUUUCCAUUUGAGUCUUAACACUUUCAAUGUUUAUGCUGAAGUGAUCUGGUGCCUUUCCCCGAGUCCAUAAGUCAAAUUGCCAUUAUAAUUUUUUGUGAAAUAGACCCACAGAGGCUAAUGAUGCCUACGGCUUACGCAGUUUGUCCACUAAUAUCUGAAGUCUUUAACAGCCUGUAAUCAAUCCAAAUCCAGAAAGGCAAGUUGUGUUAGCUGCUGAUGCAAAGUAUCCUUGCCAAGUCUAGAACGUACACUAGUUUGUUUGAAAAUUAUUUAUUUAAUCAAAGCAACAUAUAGGCAAAUGACAGAACAACAGACAUGUAAGAGGACUGAAAAUAAAUCACAACUGUUUAUCUCUU